AUGGAGUCUGUACGCCAAUCGUGUCGGCCGCGGCACCAAGUUCUGACUCUGAAAUGCUACCCCAAAUUCCAAAAAGGCGUGCCGGAAGUGAAGCCGAAUCCAAGUGAACUCUCCUACCUCUUGUACUAUGCCAGCACGCGACGCAGCAAAUUGACAAAAGUGGGCGCUUUUUUGGAGAAACGGGUCGCCAAAGAUGUCUGGAGACGUCGACUGGGUAAUGUCCAAGUCGCGCUUCAUAUCCUGACAGCACUCAUCGAGAAAGUCCCCCGCGAUUUGCCGAUUUACGCCCGUUACGUCUUGUCGAUCAUCGAGACCAUUCUGCAAGCCAACGAUGUUUCUAUGGUAGAGGACUCGAUUGCGACAUUUGAUACCUUCUGUCGUCACCAAGAUCCGGCGGUCAUUUCCGCAGAUCAAGGGCUUGCCAAAAAGUAUCGUCAAGUGAUCGAAACGUAUGCCGGUUUUGCGAAUCCGCACUCUCCCAAUUACUCCCUGACUAAACUGAGCCCUCCGUUGGCAAUACGGUGGCGCAAUGCCGGACUUCGCGCCAUCAGGAGCAUUGUGAGCUCAGAAAGCUUGGCUGCAGACGGAGGAUCAACUCUUCACGUCUUUCUACCCGUCAUUCUUGAAAACCUCUACUCCCCUGACGAAAAUAUCUUGGAACCAUUGAAAGUCAGAUUACUGGAGGCCGAACAAGAAACCCACGGUGCAUCUUUGCCUCGACGCUCGAGCAUUGCGACGGUCAACACAGUUGAUGCGGCAGAAAGGGACCCUGCGCUGGCUGCACAGUCGACAGCUGACGCAGAUAAGCGAGCGGAGAUGGAUUCAAGGUUGAUGGCUCUCCGUUGUCUAGAACAAAUUAUUGUUUCAGGCAGUAGCCGCGGUCAAAUUCGCAUAGCAGCCACGGCAAUACUCCGGUUCAUUUCGGACAAACACGUUGUGCAGAUCACGGACUCAGAGUCACCCAGCCAGGCGAGCCAUUCACUAGGGAACUGGGCGACGUCUCUCAUCGAGUUGGUUGCGACCUGGUGUCCGGUCCAGGUCCGAUUCGUUAUUCUGACCAUAGCGAUGGAUCUCUUGGCCGACAUGCCGUCGAAGGAAGAUACGAUGGAUCCGUCAUUCACUCUGCUCUCGGUUGUCGAUUGGCUUUUGAAAUCGCCCAUCAACAUGAUUGGCUUGAGCGUCAUGGACAUUCUGCUCGGAUUGAUGCGGUACAUGUCUGACCUGAUUUCCUUGUCCACUGGUGCCGACAAAGACGCCCAGUACAACGAUACCUCACGAUCCAUUCCGCCCAAGAAAAAAGCUAUGCUCGCCCUUCUGGAGCAGUGCAUCGGUAGUCUCGCAACGCAUAACUACUAUGGCGAUCAAGUCGCAGACAUGAUGCGCACCAUUCUUCGUCAGCUUACAACUCCUCUUAAUCAUGAAAACGCAACUCAACCUUCUCUGGCCACAGUCCACGAGACUGGGGCUGGCUCGAAGGGCAACGAAAUGUCAGAAGUGGAUCAGCCGAGCGCGGAGAAAGCUACUGGCGAGAUCUUUGUAUAUCCGGCUGCCAAGUUGACUGCUCUUCGGGCUGUAAAGUCGAUUCUCGUCGUGGCUAAUCUUAGAACACCAUCUUCUAUCAAAGGUUCAGAGUCCAGAAACCCAGUCGGCAUCCAUGUCUGGGAAGGAACGCAAGGUUUGCUUCGAGAUAAUGAUCAGGAAGUCCGCCAUGCCUACGUUGACGCAUUCCUAUCCUGGCUCCAGCUGGAGACCACAAAACAAAAUCUCAAAGCUCGUGUGAGCGGUCUUCGAACACAAAAAGCAGGUUUGCGACGAGACCCUGACAGUUCGGACAAGACACCGAAUCGACGAAGCACGUCCGCAAACCACAGAGAAAGUGUCAUCAACAUCGCACAGUCUAACUUUCUGCGUCUCAUACACCUGGGUAUCUACGAAGCUGCCCUGGACAACUCCACGGUGGCAUCGGAAAUACUUGUUCUGCAUCUUCUUUUGGCAAGUCUUGUUGAGAAUCUUGGUGUGAAUGCAGUCCAAUUUGGGCUGCCAAUGGUCCUGAAACUGCAGGACGACUUGUCUACGUCUGUCGAGCUGGGCUCUCCAACAGCACGCGUCAACGUCGGAAGUCUGAUUUAUGGCUAUCUCCUUGCUGUGAUAGAGAAGUUCAACCUUGAGGCCACACCAGCGGGCAACGAAGUUCGCUCCGAGGUCCAGAGCCGCCAGAGUAAGGGGCAUUGGUUGUCAAAGAUCAAGUUGCCACCAGCAGGUCUCGAUUGUAUCAGUCUCGACGAAAAGCACAUGGCAGAUACGUCACUGGACUCUUUCCUACCCACGUCAUUCAGCGGCGUGGACGGACUGGCUGAAGGAAUCGAAGAAGCUUAUUGCCAGUUUUUUGCAUCUCCUCCACAGAGUCCCAAAACUUCAGCGUCCCAUGGGUUUGAAUUCCCUGUUUUGAGUCACGGCUUUGCCACACAGCUAUCAAGUCAAGAGAAAGGACUGCCAAACCCGGUGAAGGAAAACUUGCUGUCUUCCUGGUCGCGCGAGUCAUGUCUUGCUGCGGUCGAGAAAGACAGUGCCGGGACUGCAUCCAUCAGCGGCUCUCGCGGUGGCACCAUGACCCGCAACAGCCACUUGAAUGGGAAUUUGAAUGGCUCCCCCGUUGGCUCGGCCCUUGCGCUCAAUGUUCCACGAAGUAUUCCAGACAUUUCCUACAGCCCAGAAACCAAUUCGGGCAGAGCAUCACCCGUACGCGUCAAUGAUCUGCGGCGAGAACUUUCCGUGACCGCUGAAUUAAGUUCCCGUCGGCGCAGUCCCUUGCGGGGCCAACUCGGUGCGUCGAAUGCCAGUAUAUUGUCUUCUGGGAGUGAAAGCAUGGCUAGCGGCGCUUAUUCAAUUUCGGAAGCGAGCCAAGACGCCGUCUCUACAAUGGAUCAUGAGACUCGUCAGCCUGCAGAAGAAAGUGGCAUUGAAACACCUCGGGCAUUCAUUGCUACCGUUGACCCCCGGAAAGCGAAAUCACGACAAAUGAAGGCCAGUUCUCUGAAGACCGCUUUGCCUAUUCCUGGAGGCUUCCCGAAUGAUUCACAGCGGUCCUUAACAUCCACUAAUCGACCAUCCACUGCCCCUUACAAUUCUCAAUCAUCAUCAGGGGCUGCUCCGAGAUCAGAAUCUUUCCGCAAGGCUCGAACUCCCAAGACCCUAGACCGAAACAAAAGUCGAUCAAGUCACAAUAUCGCGCUCGGCUAUUCAGACGGUUAUCGAGAUGUGGAACUCUCUGGUCCGGAGGCCCCUCUCGACUUUGCACGGCGUGACGAGCUCAAGAAGCUGCUUGACGGUUUUCUCACCACCAGCAGUCCCGCUCUUCCCAAUGGAAGUCGACUGCCAACUGACGUACCACCCUCCCAGGCCUCCACAAAUGACAUUUACUCAGGUCGCCGGCAAGUCAGUGGGGGCGGUUUGGGACGACCCCCGUAUUAA